AAAAAAAAAAAAAAUUAAUUAAAUAAAGUAUUGUUUCAAUAAUUGUAAUCAACUUGUACUUCAUUAAAAGCUCACAUCUCACAUUUCUACAAUCAGCUCUCGACAGCUAAAUUCUCAAAUCAAUCGUGUGAUUGCUGCUGCAGCUUCGAUUCUAUAUAAGAGCCAUUAAAUAAUCACGCUCCACCGGAGACGCUGAGAUAAUUGUCGCGUAUCUUCCGUUGCAUAAUAUUUAGCCGGCGUAAAAUUGCAAUAAAUCAUAAACACACUAUAAGCGAUCAGCUAGUUCGCGAACGAGUGCUAAUUUCGCGACAAUUAUUGUUUUUUUUCUAACGAAAAAGUCUUCCUACUUAUUCGCCGCGCUCGAGACGUUACAAAAAUGUUGAUAUAGGAAAUCGCACUACUCCCUCCUCCUCGUUUGAAAAAUUGAUCGCACAGAACUCAAGGUCGUCGAUACAUACUUUAUAAAUAACGCGAUUCGCACGGAAAACAAUCGACUGAAUUUUACGCCGGUAUAUGUACUAUCUAAUGGAUUUGCGAUGCAUCGAAGCGGGACCUGCUUGCAACGCAAGUCCGCGAUCGCGCGCCAGAUGUAUCGAAGCCGGCGACGUCGUUCUAUCUGACUUUACCGCGCGUAUAAAGCGAUGUUAUUGUAACCGAUCGGAAAAGCGUCGUCGUCGCGUGUGCUUCGUUUUUUUUCACUCAAUAUUUGUUCGAAAAUUCGUUUAAUUAUUUAUCCAAUUAAUCAUCGCGAAGUGUACGCAAUGGCGAAAUUCCACGUCGUCUGUAUAGUUCUGAUGAUCGCCCUGCAAACUAUAAGCGGCAGCCUCGGCCAGAACUGGCGCUACGGCGGCUACUCGAACGGCGGCUAUCGGGCGGUGCCCUAUUACUAUCAGCCCCAGCGGCCGUCGUACACGCAGACCCUGGGCCAGCAGAACUUCCAGAUACCGCCGGGGAUCAGCGUGUCGGGCGCCGAGUGGGUCUGCAAGAAUCCGAAAACCGGCGAUAUGAUGAUCAUUACCGCCGAGGAGGGUCCGGCACAACCAACCACGGGUGGUGGUCAACAGCAAAGUCCAUUUUACCCCGUGCCACCAUCCACCGGCGGACAGCAGCAGAGACCGUUUUAUCCCGAACCACCUCCGGUACCUCAGCAACCACCAUCCCCGCCGGCGGAGGAGCGGCCGAAUUUCACGAUUUCUCCGACCAAUCCGUUCCUGAAUCCGAAUAAUAAAUUUCCCACGACGCAGCAGCCUACGCCGACCAAGCCCCAGAUGACGCCGACUACGCAAGCUCCACCGAAUACCAACGGCGAGGGCCUGAUAGACAUUAGAAUUAAUUAAAGAGGGACUGAAAGUGCAGCUGAUUCUUGGCAGUAGAGCAUCUCAUAGACACCAUCGUAACAUUUUUUUUGUACCGGUUGAAAAUUAAAUUAAAAAGAAAACAACAACAA